AUGAACCCCGUCAGUAUCGGGGAGUACCAUGGGCUGCGGGUGGGCUCAGCCCUGCUCAGCAUUGUGGCGGGCUGCAUCAUCAUUGGGGUGUCCAGGGAGUGUGACGCUGAUGCUGUAGGAGGUAUCUUCCUGGGAGCGGGAGGCCUCGGCCUGCUCAUAUCGAUCUACCCUUUCAUAAAAGCCUGGCUGAACAUCAACCAUAUUCUUCCAUCCUUUGGAAACUUCAGAGUGCAUCCGACACCUGCCAUUCCAGCUCCUGAUCAACCUGUAGAGACACUAAGAAGAGAAGGGACUCAGAGUCAACUGAACCUGGAGCGUUCUAAGAGUCGAAUGGGAACUUUUGUGGAAGGUGGACCGAUGGCUGAGACCAACCCAGAUGAGGGGGCAUCUACAGACAUGCCAGACGUCUUAUCUAGACGAAAACUUAAGCAGCAACCUACUGAUCAAGACCUGCCAUGAUGUCAUCACCUGAACUGACCAGUGACCAAUAUUAUUGAACUUCCCUGCUAAAUCUUCUUCAUUGGGUUUCUUUCAAAUGUGGGACAAAGGGUAUUGAUAUCUGCAGAACAGAACAUAAUAUCAGCUUAAUUUGCCUGUUUGUUGAGAUUGGCUCAUAAUAUUGUACUAAUGUGAUCUAAUAAAACAUCUCCAAAGAUUGAAUUGUGAUUGUGAAGGAAGUAUUUCCAAACUUCCUGCCAAUGAAUGAAGCAAAUUAAACCCAGUGGUCUCACUUAUGUGCAGCUCAUCUCAUCAUCUCACAAUGUUCUCA